AUGGCAAUUACUUGCGAUAUCUGCGCUAUCUACCUAUUCAUAUGUUGCAUCGGUGUCCUGAGAGCCCGACGUGUGGGCACACAAGCUGAUAAACCUCAAGCUAUCGAGCAACAUGUGGAAGAGGGCUUGAUUCAUGAUCCGCCAACUAUGGAGCCGCAGGUAAUUGAGCACCAGGUGGCUCAGCCGGGAUUCGAUGGCCUUGGUGGCCAUUGGCCACGCGUAUCCAUUCCAAAUCAUCAAUCACAGAGCGGAGUGGUGCCUCAAGUGUACCAUACGGUUAAACUGAUCCACAUGGCUACGAAAGAGUGCCUGAAAAAUACCAUGGAGGAGGUGUUCCUCAAUACCAUCAAGACCAACAGCACAGGGAGCCUGACCGAGGAAGAGAGACGGUGCCCGAUUUGUCUGGAUGAGAUAGAGGAGUUUGUCCCUGGCCAGAUACUACUCGAAACUCAUUCUGCAGCCACACUCCAAUGUCCCAAAGGGCAUUUUUUCGGCCACUGGUCAUUAGACGAGUUGAAUUACCGAGUCGAUAUCGAUCUGUUCUUUGAGAUAUCCCAACAGGAUUGGGUUCAACAGUUGGUUGUAACAUUACUCGGUUUCCAGGCGGUAGAUUCCAUUGAAGAUACAGCAGAAUGUCUGGAGCGCGGCAGAAUUAUCCUGCGGGCACUGUGUAGCCGGGCAAUGAGAUCGAGGUGGCCAAGCAACAUCCAAGGUUCAAGGGUGAAGGAUAUUCUUGACCGAGCAGCAGUGCGAUACACCGAACCAGCACAGCUUCAAAGAUGGUCGGACUGGCAAUUUGAGCAAACGUUUGGCGCUUUGUCCGAAGACAUAGUGGACAUGGCCGUGCACAUAAGAUGGGAUGAGUAUUUGCCAAGCUCGCAGAGAAACACCGCCGAAUUUUGGACGAAUGAGUGUCUUGAACGGCGCUGGACAGAACGAAAAACCAUUCCAUUAAAUCCUAAUCGUUGGGUGUCGGAAGAAAGAGCUGCUAGAAUUGCCUACCAGCAGCUAAGGAAGAGGAAAGGUGCUUAUGGGCAGGGCGAUGGUGACAUGGACGAAUAUCUAAUUCAACGGAUGAAUUUGUUGCUGAUGUUUUUGACGCCAAUGUUUUACCACACCCAUCCUAUUCUUCCACGCCAAUACGAUGUCAUGCUGGACCAUCGCGAUAGUCUGGCACAAUUAACAGGCCGGCGACAUUAG